AUGGGUAUCACCGGGGUUGGGAAAAGUAGCUUCAUAUCAAAGGUUACCGGACAUGAUUCUGGCAUUGGCCAUGACUUGACUUCGUGUCAGUGCAAGCACAAUCUGUCCACUUUGACCAUGCUAAUAUGGAAUGAAGAUACAAGGGGUGUUGAGUUCUAUAGUAUGGAGGUCGAAGGCAGACUUGUCUAUCUUGUAGACACACCUGGAUUCAACGACACGUUUCGAUCGGAUCACGAGGUCCUUUUGGAGGUUGCAUUCGUCCUAUCUCAAAUCUAUCGAGAAGGCAUGAAGCUAGCUGGAAUUCUAUAUCUGCAUCGUAUCUCAGAUAACAGAGUCACAGGAUCGGCGUUGAAAAAUUUGAACCUUCUAGAAUGCAUGUGCGGCUCAGAUGCAGCGUCCCGAGUGUUUUUUGUCACGACAAUGUGGCACUCGACACGCGAGGAGCAUGAUGAAGAGGUGCUUCGAGAAUCGCGACUGGUGUCCACAAGAGAGUACUGGGGGCGGUUCUGUCGCUAUGGAAGCCAAACAAAGCGAUGGGCUGGCACUCAGUCCUCAGCCUUUUUGAUGAUAAAAGCAUUAAUUUCUCUAAGCGACGAUAAGGGGUAUGAACCACUGCUUAUCCAGAGAGAGAUCGUCGACGAAGGAAAGUCGCCUAAAAACACAACCGCUGGCCAAGAUCUUGCAGCUCAGUAUACAGCGGCCGAGAAUAAACUAUUAAGUGACCUACACUCUGUCCAACUGGAGGAGCCAGGCUCUCAAUCCGAGAUAUCAAAGCUAAGAAAGGAGAUUGAGGGCCUGAGACGUGCACAAAGGAAUUUAAGCGUGUCAACUGGGAGCCUAUUUGCCGAAAGAGAAGAGGUCUAUGGGAAAGUCCUGUUGAGAAUGCGUGAUUACCAGCAUACCCUCUCAAUGCAGCUUAAAGAGGAAAUGCGAAAAUACCGGCAACUACAGGAUAAGAUAAAGAGCAGUCAGUAUGCUGCAGAGGAAGGGCACGGUCACUUGAAAAAAAAUCACGCUAAGUUUCAUUGCAGCGAUGAAGAGCCAGAUAUGUCAGAAAAUGCGCUAAGACUAAGAAAGAGAGACGUGGCAAAGCGGAACCUCGUUUCAUUUCUGGGGCUUUUGGCUGGAGUAGGCAUGACUGCUGCUGGCACUGCGACAGGAAUCAUUCCAUUGGUGGGCGCAGGUGUGGGAUUUGCUGUCACCAGUGCCAGUGGAAUGAAUUUAUCGCGAAAAAUUCGAGGAACUCGGGGCGAAGGGCCGUAUGGGAAUGAUGCUCUUGCGUCGAACUCCUUCACAGCAGCGUCCGGUGGAGCGACUAUUUCAAACCUAGAUUAG